AUGGAAUUCACAUACACGGGCUGCUGCAUUGUGAUGAAAUGCGCGAGUGGCGGACAAUCGAAAGACUCGAGGAGUAGCACGUUCAUCACAAAAGUGGCUACACAAGCCUCCAACUACGAGAGCCACUUGUACUGUGUUCCUCAGCAAUUUGGCUAUGGGGGCCGGGGAAACAGCCAAGCAGCGCUGUUGGGACCUUGCGCCUCGCUACCGGGAACGACAAAAAGUUUUCUUAUCCUCUUCUGCGCAAUGUUGUUGGUGGGCCAGAUUAAGUGGGCCGAUGCCAAAGAAGCAGACCUCAUCGGACAACAGAUAAGAAGCUGGGCGGUGCGUUUUGCCAAGGACCUGAAAGUUGCGAACGAAGUUGCAUCAAAUUAUAGCGCUAUUAAAUCGUCAUUCGACAAGGACUACAAAGUCGCCCGGAAAGGCAAUCGAUUGUUUGAAGACAUCACACGCUACCUUGCCAACCUCGUCAAAAAGAAACAGGAUUCGGUCGAAAACCUCUACAAAGAAACAGAGAAACUUGUUGAGAAUUCUCGGUUUGAUGGCGGCAUCCUGGAAAUCGUGAAUGCGAAACGGCUCGACCGUGGCAACGAGAAUCGCUAUCUACACCCGGACGGAUGCACUGACGAGUUGGGCGCGCUUAGGCGUGACGAAGAAGGAAACAUCAGUCCCGGGUGCGUAGAGAAGCGUCUCGACUUGAACUACUCCUCGUAUUUUGGCCAGCUUGUCAGCUUUGAGAAGAGCGCCAUACACGUUGCGACGAACAUUUACACCCGAGCCGAGCAUGUGCUUCACGCAAUACAAAUGUCGUCAGGGCUGGACAACCGCUUCAGAGCCAACCGCGGCUCCGACCCCUAUCUUUCGUUCCAGUUCUUUUGUAGUCAUACUGGAUUCCUAAGGCUGUAUCCUGCGGUCCAAUGGCCGGACAUGGAUCCCGACAUGUAUGAAUGCCGCAGUCGCUCCUGGUACGUCCAGGCAGCGGCAUCGGCAAAGGACGUUGUCAUCCUCCUGGACGUCAGUGGGUCCAUGACCGGACUGCGGAAAGAGAUUGCCAGGAACGUAGUCGUCAAUAUCCUCGAAACUCUGACGGAUAACGACUUUGUUCAAGUAUUAACGUUCAAAAAUGAUUGCGCCCCGCUGGUACCGUGUUUCGAUCAGCCGGUCCAGGCGAACCAGCGCAACAUACGGGAAUUCAAAGAAUAUCUGAACAAGCUCGACACGCAGAACAUAGCCAACUUUUCGUUAGCGCUUACCGAAGCAUUCGAGCUGCUUCAAAGGUUCAAUCGAUCUAAAGGCGGAUCGCAAUGCAACCAGGCUAUCAUGUUAAUAACGGAUGGCGCCCCCAGCAACUACCAAGACAUCUUCUUCCGCUACAACUACCCCAACAUUCCCGUGCGAGUCUUCACAUAUCUUAUCGGAAGGGAGGUCACCGAUACUAGAGAGGUCAACUUGAUGGCAUGCAGCAAUAGAGGCUACUACACCCACGUUACAACGUUAGCAGAAGUUAGAGAGCAGGUUUUGAAAUACAUCCCAGUCAUGAGUAGACCAAUAGUCUUAGCGAGAAAACACCCUGUCAUCUGGACCGCAGCCUAUCCAACGGUCACCGAAACACUACUGACCGAUAACUUGUGGGAGGAACGCGAACGCGGGAGAUUCAAAGCCGAGGGAUUGAAAAAUUUACGAAGGCGAAUGCAGAGGGAUAGCCAUAUUAGAGAUCCGAACAGCAGCGAGUAUGAAGACUACAGCGGCGAAAGCACUGCGACCGAUGAAGAUUUCGAAGGAGACGAAGAGGAAGCUGAAAGCCGUCGCCGUAAGAAGAGAAGCCCCGAAGAAGCUGUUAGAAGUCUAGCUGCUGGCCUGGGAGCCCCGAAAGGAGAUAUAAGUAUGACCUUGCUCACCGAUCAUCUGGCACUCCGCCCCGAGAACAGAGAUUUUCCUGAAUCGAAAAAGCGCAGACCUGUCAUGCUCACCACCGUAGCCAUUCCGGUGUUCAACGUAACCAAAGGAGAGAACGAUACGAACGUUACAUCACAUCUACUCGGUGUCGUCGGCAUUGAUGUGCCCGUGAGAGAACUUGAACGAUUGGCUAGUCCGUUCCAGUUGGGAGUCAACGCAUAUCCCUUCAUCCUCAACAAAAAUGGACACCUCAUCUCACAUCCGGAUCUCAGACCGAUGUUCCAGGACCUAGUGAAGCCGUUCCACAGUAAUGUAGAUCUACUGGAAGUGGAACUUCUGGACAAUCAGCUGAGCGCCAGAGACUUUUCACCAGCAUUCAAAAACAUGCGCAAAAACAUGAUUGACGGGCGGCGGGGCUGGACUGAUCCUCACAAUGUGCGCGUCCACAUGGAUGGAAUGAAGCGAGUGGCCGUGCGAAAACAUCGGUACUUUUUCGGACCGGUCGGACAUUCGGUGUUCUCGCUGGCCAUCGCUCUUCCUCAGCCGUAUGGCGUUCAUGGAGUGGAUGCGCAAUUCGAACUCAGCAACCCCGCCAAUCAAAAAAUCGAUGUAUUCAAAACGUACUUUGAGGGUACUGACUGGCAUGUGCAUCCCAAUUGGACUUACUGCGAAGACGACAACGCCGAGCGGGGGUUCCACAGCAACAACAAGGAUAGCAUCGACCACGUCCAGAAACACGCCGUCACUUCUUUAUUGAAGGCCUGGCGAAGCGAGAAAAACCCCAAAUUCACGCUCGAGGCCAAUAGGCCCAACAAGAUGCAUUCGUUCAAAUCGUGGACAUGCGAUCUUGAACUGCUUCAAAGUUUGAUCUUCGACGCCUCCCGGACGGCUCCGCACAUACUGGAGCAAAUAAAGACUCAAUCGCCCUCGAACACGAAAAGCCGUGCGAGUAGCGUGAACACUCCGCUGCAUACCUUACUCCAGCUACUUCCCAGGGAUGUUCUCACGAAGAGCAACGGGAUCGUAUCAGCUUUUGUCGCGACACGAAGUGGACUUCUGCGGGUGCAAACGUUCGAUAAUCGAGAACCUCACCCUGAGAAAUUCCACAACAAAUAUCCAAGAUCCAUCGACGAGCUGUUCUACAAGCGCGCUGUAGACUUUUACUAUCAUUCUAAUGCAUCGAAAGAGGCAUUCGUCUAUUCUGUGCCAUUCGACGCUGGAGAGAGUUCAUAUGCGGAAGGUUCUCCGAUCGUAAUCACGGCCACGCGAGCAGUGAUGCUGGGCGCCUCGGAUAACCAGUCGGCUCCGGUCGCCGUUUUGGGAGUUCAGAUCGACCAUAAAACGUUUACUCAGAAGUUUUUCAACUCAACGAACAACGUGAGUCAAACUUUCGUGCGGCAGGAUUGCAAGUUCAAAUGCAAUUCAGCGAACGAAAGUUUUGAUUGUUUCCUCCUGGAUAACAAUGGUUUCAUUCUGGCUGUAGCGAACAACUCAGAAACGAUUUCACCUCUAGUCGGGAAAUUCUUCGGAGAGGUGGAUGCAGCGGUUUUCAACCAACUCAUAAAGUACAACAUCUACAAAAAAGUGACGAUAUACGAUUAUCAAGCGGUCUGCUUCAGCAUAAAAGCCGGCCAGGGCUCGGCCUCGAUCUUGCGGAAUCCGAUAGCAGCAUUAUUGCGAGCCGUUGUCUACCUUUUGAACAGCGUCGUUACCAGCUUAGGCAAAUUGACUCUAAUCGAUACUCAGACUUGGUUGUACAACCCAAUGCGGGUAUUCGGAUACGCGGAGGGGGAUGAAAUGUCGGCGGCUGACGACACCGACAACCCUCAUCCAGGCAUGGCCUUCACCGUCUUGAGACCUUGCGACCGUGAGGUGGACCUUUACAUCAUGGCCAACCUCGGAGAGAAUCCAACCUUCGGGAACGUCCAUCAAUGCGACGUAGCAUGUAAUCACACGUUUAUCGUGCAACCGAUCUACGAUAGCAAUUUGAUUCUCGUCGCCGUUCCACAUGCCUGCCAGCAUUGCGAACGCAAGAAGUUGCGACUCGAGCCGCGAGAGUCGCACGGCAUGCUGGCAGACUCAAACGUCACUACCGCCUGCAUCAAGACACCUCUUGAUCGACAGAAACCCGACACCUGCCAUAACUACCAUGCGGCCGUGAGUUCAAAAAGCUGAAUAUCUCGGACUCUCAUGACCGGCGAACCUAUGUGCGAAGAAGGCUACAACUAUUUCUACAAAAGAUUCGCCUGCGAAAGAGAAAUGCUGAAGGAGCUUGAUCUAAAGGAGCAGUGCGGAUCCUCCACGACAAACUCCCUAAGUUGGCCGUUGCUCCUCCUGAGCGCUGUCCUGACGUUGAUGCUUCAACAAGCACCGAACCGUCAAGAGAUGAGAUAA